GUGCACAAUAACCCUAACGUCACUUCCUGUAUCUCAUCGAUAAAGACGGACCUGGCAGCACCGAGUUUGGGUGCUUCGCGGGUCAAUUUUUCUAGUUUGUUUGGCGGCAUCCGAGUUACAUCGGAGCCAUCUGAACUGCAACCAUGACGGUUGGAAAGAGCAGCAAGAUGCUGCAACACAUCGACUUCAGGAUGAGAUGCAUCCUCCAGGAUGGGCGAAUCUUCAUCGGGACUUUCAAGGCCUUCGACAAACACAUGAACCUCAUCUUGUGUGACUGUGACGAGUUCAGAAAGAUCAAGCCCAAGAAUUCCAAACAGCCUGAGCGUGAAGAGAAGAGGGUACUGGGCCUGGUGUUACUGAGAGGGGAGAACUUAGUCUCAAUGACCGUGGAAGGACCGCCUCCCAAAGAUACUGGAAUUGCCCGUGUGCCACUGGCUGGUGUGGCAGGUGGCCCGGGAGUGGGCAGAGCGGCUGGCCGCGGCGUCCCAGCUGGCGCACCCAUGCCCCAGGCCCCCGCAGGCCUUGCCGGGCCGGUCAGAGGAGUAGGGGGUCCCUCGCAACAGGUGAUGACCCCCCAGGGCCGGGGAACAGUCGCUGCCGCGGCAGCCGGGGCCACCCUCGCUGGCGCCCCCACCCAGUACCCGCCAGGAAGAGGAGGACCCCCUCCAAUGGGUCGUGGCGCACCGCCCCCAGGCAUGAUGGGCCCUCCCCCAGGCAUGAGGCCACCCAUGGGUCCUCCAAUGGGAAUGCCCCCUGGACGCGGAGCACCAAUGGGCAUGCCCCCUCCUGGCAUGAGGCCGCCGCCCCCGGGCAUGAGAGGCCCCCCUCCUCCUGGCAUGCGUCCUCCCAGGCCGUGACUCCGUCCAUUGGACUAAGAUGUCUUCUACUCCCUCACAAAUGUCCCAGACUUUCUGGGUUCUUGUAUAGUUCAACUUUUGUAUUUUUCUUUUUCUUUUUUAAAUAAAGAGUCUCAUUGACAAUUUGUUUUAAAAUGACUGCCUCUGAUUUGAUAUGCAGAUGUAUGUUUGUGAAUUUGUGUUUUGCUGAGGUAGUUGCUCAGUGAGGAUGGUUGUUGUUAGACUAUGGUCUUAAUAAAUUUCUCAGAGGAAGCUUA